GCCGAUUUCGAAAUCGGAAUUUGGGAUCCGGAACUCGCAAAGGGCUUGAAACAUGUGUGUUUAAAUGAUGUGAAACGCGAGGAAUUCAAAGGAUUUGAAGAUCUUGAUACAGAUGCGAUGGACCUUAUGGGAUCGCUGAGACAGCAUGGCGAUAUGUCGGAUGACGACAACGACGAUGCAAUCGUUCCGUUCGAUUUCAUGAAUAGCGUGCAGGAACGUCUGGAAAGUAAGCUUUAA